GAAAAUUCUCUUGUGCUUUCUCCUCCUUUGCUUCCAGUUACCAUCCUAAAAAGAUCAGCUGAAGGCCACCAGUUGGAUCGAACAUCCUAAGAAGAAAGACUCACACCAGGCCAGAAUCAACAGAAAAAGAUGAAGCCUCUGACACUGCUGGUGUGCAUCUGCACACUGAGUGCUUACUUCUCACUCAGUGAAGGUCAAAAGCAGCCACGGAAAAUACAUCACAAAAAGAAUGAUGUCCAACAACUUAUAUUAGACCGCCAACUACUACUGCAUCCAAAAUUUCCACCUAACUGGAAUAUAUUAAUUAAAAGGCAUUUAAUUUCUGGUCCAUACAAAUUCCCAAAGCCUUCACAUACAAAAAGGAGAAAGCCAAAGCCAAAACGUCCCCUGCCAUUUAAGUGUCCAGUGAAAAGUAGCACUGUGGACAGUAACUCCUCAGAGGCUACCACCUCAGCGGCUACCACUCAAACCCCAUCUUUCAGUCCCACAUCUCCAGGUGUGACUCCAUUUAUUGCUACAACCACAUCUGCAGGACAAGGUAACACGAGCUCCCCUGCAGCUACCCCAUCACCACAACCUUCCCCAGCUUUGCCAGACACCACAGCUGCCCCCCCUACAUCUUCCCUACCUACACCAGCACCAGAACCUUCCUCAACUCCACUGGGCACCACAGCUGCCCAAGAUACCACAUCUAAUCCUUCCCCAACCAGUUCUACACCUGAAAUUAACCAAACUACAGCUGCACCCACAAUCGAAAUUACCACUCCAGCCACUACUCAAAAUACUACUGUUGAACAAACAACCUCACCUUCCAUCCCAAAUGCAAAUUCUCAAUUCUGGCAAUAUCUUUAUGAGAUAAUAAAGUACCUUUCAGGUGUUUCACCAAAGAAAUAGUACAUGGUACAUUAUGAAGUGUUCUGUUGUCAGAUAUGAUUUAUGAGUGCAGAACUACCACCUUUACUUUUACCACCAAUCUCAAAGUGAAAUUACAAUAUUCCUCAAAUUUAAAGCACUAUCACUAAUCUUUGAAUCGAUUUACCUCACAUGACUUAUUAACAUGAAAAACAACCUCUACCGCAUAAAACAGGCGCAUAACCGUAAUUUAAGAUCACUUUGUGGAACCUACAGAGACAGCCCCCUGAGGGGAGGGAAGAGAAUAGCUAAACAGCAAAAAUUAUAUGGAUUGAGAACUAUUUAUUUUUCCCUAAAUGUUGCAAACCUUAAGGUCACUCCUCUGUACCUGAAGUGAGAACCCACCUGAAUUGUCUAAUCCCACAAAUAUAAAGGGAUAAAAUUAGGUCUCUCAAGUAAACAAAAACAUGUAAAUCUAGAUAGACCUAUCAUGGUGUUACUAGAGACAAAGUCCUUUAAACAAUCAUCUUAAAACUUGAAAUCCAAUUCUAUUCCACAAAUUGUGAACCGAGGAGGAGGAAAGUUGAUGUGAAGUGAAGAUCUGAAGUGAGCGAACACAAAAUCUGGCAGCCAAACACAAAUCAGGUCUCUGGCGCUACAUAUCUGAGAGCAUAUAAUUGUUUAGGCUUUGUGGUUGAUAUUUAUUGUAUUUGUAAGUUAAUUUGGAUCCAAUGUACUUCAUUCUAGCCUCUGUAAAUCACAAGAAGACUUUUUGUGUAGGUUCACAUAGCUGUUGUCAUAUUUUCGUAUGAAUUCAAUUAAUAUUAUCUUACUAAUUCAAUUAAUUCACAUUAAUUCAAUGUAUUCAGCAGAAUAUUUUCUAAAACUUUUAACCAUCUAUUUAAAUGUGUUUUAAAGCAAACCAAACUACUGCCCUGAUGUCACAUGUGCAAAAUUGUCUCUGAAAUUAAACCCUGACUUUAGUCAACAGAAGAAUAAAAACUACCUACUUGGUAUAGAGAGAUAAUGUUAAUUUGGAAUGUAGAGGUAUCUUUACUUUGUGUUACUACUACUGAGAACUCUGAUGAUUUUAUUCAGAUUUUUUGUCAACUAAUAAAGACUUCAAAUGGCAAUCUA